GAUGAUGACCAUCCUUUCGUUGACGUCUGGGCCUUCCGCAAGGGCGAUCUUGAUGGAGGCUGUGGCGAAUCUCACCAGCUGUUUGAUGUGUGCUCCCUUCUUCCCGAUAAUGGCGCCCACAGCCUGGGUUGGGAUGAAGAGAUUCACAACCUCCUGCUCUGGAUAAGAGUGAUGAUGCGGGAACUGGCCAACCUGGUGAUGGGGGUACAAGCUGGAGAAGUAUCCGGAGAGACUUGGACACAGUUGUAGGGCUGGAAAAAGAACUGAGUAAUGCCAAAGUGGAACUUGAACUCAUGGCUAACAAAGAAAGAGAAAGUCAGGACCUGCAAAUGCAACUGGUUGAUCCUGAAGACAUAAGAGCUAUGAAACGCCUGACCCAGGAAGUCUUACUUCUUUGGGAAAAAGUUGCUUCAGUAGAAUCCCAGGGUCAAGAAAUUUCAGGAAACCAAAGACAACAGUUGCUGCUGAUGCUAGAAGGACUAGUAGAUGAACGGAGUCAGCUCAAUGAGGCCUUACAAGCAGAGAGACAGCUCUAUAGCAGUCUGGUGAAGUUCCAUGCCCAUCCAGAGAGCUCUGAGAGAGACCGCACUCUGCAGGUGGAACUGGAAGCUCAGGUGUUACGCAGUCGGCUAGAAGAAGUUCUUGGAAGAAGCUUGGAGCGCUUAAACAGGCUGGAGACCCUGGCCGCCAUUGGAGGUGGGGAACUGGAAAGUGUUUGAAUUCAUCACAAGCUUGCCUACUGAGCACUGGCGGGUCAGACUGCAGCCCAGGAUGGAAAACCUUGUUUGCACUAACCAGAAAGAUCCUUGUCUGACUUUGGCAGAAUUAAAUGGUGACUUACUAAUGAUAGAACUGGUACAAGUAGCAUCAACUACAAAGUGAAACUCACUUUAGCCUACAUGGAUCUCAUUGUACAUAUAUAUCAAUUCCUAAAUUGAAUGGUGGAGGUUGCAAAGUGUAUUUGCACAUUUUAAAUCAUUCUGUUUUAGUUUUUCCAUUUUCAUUCAUUCUUAUCCCUAGCUCUUCUCAUUCCCUCAUCCCUUCUGUGGGCCAAUAAAGUUUAUUCUUCCCCCACUUUCACAAUCCA